CUUUCCUUGAAAUUUCAGCCCCUCUCUCCCACCGUCACCAUGAUCAAAAUGGAAGCCACAAACAGGAGGUUCGACCGCCGCCCACCAAACGACGGCCGGCCAUCGAUCAGCCUGCAAAAAAAAUUAGCCGAGACGAGGCAUGCUACGAAUCAAAUGCCCGAUAUAACCGAUCUCAUGAACGAUAUGUUUUUUGGAACAACAAACGAUGGUGAUGGAAAGAAAGGUUACAACCUCACCGAAGGUGGAGGGCGGGCCGUGCGCGACCGCCGUGACGAUGAUUUUGAUUCGAGCACAAGGAGUGUGAGCAGCAGGCAGACUCAAGAGUGGUUGGAGGAGGCCAAAAAAAUGGUGGCCUCCUCUCCCUCGAGAGGAGGCGAUUCGCCUUCGCGGCUCGUCUCCUCGCCAAGGUUUGCCUCGUCGCAAGGCAGGCUUUCGACUUCAUCCAUCGAUAAAAGAGAUCCAUUUUCUCGAUCUGCUAGAAGGCAUAGGGCAGUUCAGGGAAUCAGUGGGGAGAUCCUAUCGAGAACAGCAGCAAACCAUACCCGGAAUAGAUCUGAAUCGAAUUUGGAUCCUCCGCAAUCAGACUCGGAGCCAUCAUCCCCUGCAUCCGAAAUCCAAAAGUGGAUAUCCAACAACCUCAAAAUUCCCAAUAACAACCCGGACCCGAUCAUCUCACCCGAACCGACCCCACCCAGCCCCACCAGCAACCUGGGGGCCCCACCGCUCCCUCCCCGCCAAUCAUUCCACCGCAGAACCCGGUUCCAAACCGAUCCCAGAUCACCGCUGUCGCACCCAAUCACAACCCCAACUAACCCUCCCGCCAAUUCCAUUCCCAAACGAACUUUCAAAAGCACCCCUCCAAACACCAACACAAUCCCGGACAAUCAACAACUCCUCUCCCCGCCGAGAAACCUCGUCGACUCAGCCCACCGGAGGUCGUUGUCGUCGAGCACGUGCUCCGUGCCGGACGCUGGCCUCCUCUCGCCGCCCCGGAACUUGGUGGAGUCGGCCCACCGAAGAUCUGUAUCCUCCUCCACCUGCAGAAACGACAAGAUCUUUCAGAAGGACAACUCAGACGAUGGGCAGAUACAUAAGGGAGUCUCGAAGGAUCAGGAACCGGACGGCUUCUCGAAAGAUCAAGACUUCAAUAGUUUCUUGAAAGAGCAAAGACUCAAAAUUGAGAUGCUUAUGAAUGGAGAAAUCAAGGGCAAGGCCAAGAUUGUGCUUUCUGGACCCUCAAACAGUACAAGUUCAAUGGUUGCAGCAACAUGCUACGCGUGGCUACUGGAGAACAAAAACCGCGCUAGCAAGAAGGAAGGAGCGCGAAAUGGUAAUGUUGUUGAGUUUGUUGUGCCUGUCAUGAACAUAAGGAGAGGGAAAAUGUGGAAGCAGCGCCAAGCAGCUUGGCUAUUCCACCAUGCUGGACUUGAUGCUUCGUCUCUGCUCUUCUCCAAUGAGGUCGACUUGGAGACGCUGAUGAUGGAGAUGCAGCUAAGCAUGCUCGUAGUUGGAGAAGACAUCCUUAAAACAAAUGGCGAGGUGGGAUCGGGGUGUACUGUUCUUACUGAUAACUACUGUGAGGAUGCAUACGACCUUCUUCAGACACCGAUCUUGAAGAAGCUUCUGAUGGCAGGUAUUCUAUUGGACACACAAAAUUUGAGCCCUUCUCCCAAACUGUCUAUGACUAGAGAUGCAGAGGCAGUUCAGCUGCUAUCAGUUGCCUCUGCACCCAACUACAGGAAUACACUUUUUGAUCAGUUGAUGCAAGAUCACAAAGAAGCAGAUUUCUAUAAGGUUCUUUGUAAAACUUAUGGGAAACCUCCGAGUGAAAUUGAUUGGGAAAAUGAAGCACCAACGGAGCGUAGAACAACCUCGGAGAAGAUCUCCCCAAAUAAAGUAAAUGAUGAUAAGAAACGAGAUGUAACAAACGAGACAAGAAUGAAGAAGGUCUCACCUGUUUCAGGGAAACCUACGCCGUCUCCUGUCAACGAAGCAGGAAAGGCAAACGAGGCCAAUCGGGGGAAGAACAGAAACUUUUUCGCUAAAUUAUUUGGCUUCGGCUCGAAGUAGUGCCCAAGAAUGUGGAUGCUGUCAUGUGAGUAAUCAUUCUGAUCUGUGAGGAACGGCGCUGUGACUAACCCUCCAUACUUAUUUGGAGUGUUGUAUGUUUUCUUGGAAUAUUUUUUAUUGUUUUUGUCUCAGACGAUAAUCUAAGAAAUGAGUUGUCUUACUACAUGUAAUGUUGCAACAGCUGUUGCUUCUUUCAGAUAAGUUCAUCACUCACUAGGUGCAGAAACAUAGAUAUAUUCAUCUCUAUCAGCUGCUGUCCAAAUCAGUGCAAAUCUUUAGAUAACUUCAAGAAUUGGUAUGUUUACA